GCCAUUGGGCGGAAGUGAACAGAGGUGCACAAUAACUGCGGCUGGGAGGAGGAAAAAACAUAUAUACACUUUUAAAAAAUUACACACACUGUGUGACAGCGUUGGAUUACUUUCAGAAAAACGAAGAGCCUCCGAUACAAACAGAAACAUCCCGAGGCUGGACUUUUAGUGCCCUCGAGAGGACCUGAUCGCCGGAAUCAAGUCGUGGAACUUGCUGAAAAAAAGCGCAGUUCUGCCCGCACGGAACCGAGAGGAACCCACGGGCUUCGGGUUUCGCCGAGCACCCUCGCUGCUGCUUCGUUUUCUUUGCAAGACUCUUGCCGAAUUUAAAGGGGCUCUCUUGAUGAAUUAUGUCUACCACCAGUAUUGACCCACAGACAUCCAAAGGGCAAGACGCUAAAGUGCAAAAUGGCUCUCUUCAUCAGAAGGAAACAGUCCACGAUAAUGAUUUUGAACCAUACCUCACUGGCCAGUCUAACCCGAAUAACAGUUACCAAUCCAUGACCGACCCAUACCUGUCUAGCUACUAUGCCCCCUCCAUAGGGUUCCCGUACCCCCUCAGUGAAGCUCCAUGGUCAACUGGCGGAGACCCACCAAUCCCAUACCUCGCUCCAUAUGCACCCCUCAGCAAUGGAGACCAUCAUUUCAUGCAUGACACUGUGUUCGGACAGCCUGGUGGUCUGGGCAGUAGCAUCUAUCCCCACCGUUUUAACUUUUUCCCAGAGAACCCUGCGUUUUCUGCCUGGGGUACCAGUGGCUCCCAGGGCCAGCAGACUCAGAGUUCUGCAUACGGGGGCAGUUACAGUUACCCGCCCAGUUCUUUAGGAGGCACCCUGGUGCAGGACGGGCAAACAGGCUUCCCCAGUGACACCCUGAACAAGGCACCAGGUAUGAACAGUUUGGAUCAGGGCAUGGUGGGGCUGAAGAUUGGAGGUGAUGUGACGGGAGGUGGUUCAGGAGUGAAAACGGUGGGGUCGGUGAUCGGUGGAGGGCCAGUGGCGGCAGCGGUUGCCACGGGUAACGGUGGAACUCCUAUAGGACUUCCACCCUCCAAACCUGCAUCCUGGGCUGCCAUCGCUAGCAAACCAGCUAAGCCUCAGCAGAUGAAAGUAAAAAGUAAGCCAGGGAUGCCCAUGGCUGGAGGCACCCUUCCCCCACCGCCUAUUAAACAUAACAUGGACAUUGGAACUUGGGAUAACAAGGGGCCUGUGACUAAAGUGGCCUCCCCACUGCCCCCUCACCACCACCAGCAGCCACCUCUCCACUCCCAGGGUCACCUACCACCUCACCCACAUGGGCACCUACAUGGGCUCCCACCACCUCAGCACCAAAUUCCAUCUGCCCAAUCACUUGCACAGCAGAUGGCAAUGCAGGGCCCGCCCCCUCCACAGCCCUAUCAGAACCACAACCCUGGUCCUCCCCCUCAAACCCGGUGGGUCGCCCCACGAAACCGUAACACUGGUUACGGUGGGGGUGGCAGCGUGGACAGCAGCGGCUCCUCAGGUGGCGGAGGGGUUGGGAACGGCGGCGGUGGUGGACCACCAGCCUCCGGUACCAUUGAGUCGCACCCGGUGCUGGAAAAGCUGCGUGCGGCUCACAGCUACAACCCCAAGGAGUUCGAUUGGAACCUGAAAAACGGGCGAGUGUUCAUUAUUAAGAGUUACUCGGAGGACGACAUCCACCGCUCCAUCAAGUACUCCAUCUGGUGCAGCACGGAACACGGUAACAAACGACUGGAUUCUGCCUUUCGCGCCAUUAACGGCAAAGGUCCUGUCUAUCUGCUGUUCAGCGUCAACGGCAGCGGACACUUCUGCGGCGUGGCAGAGAUGCGCUCGCCCGUAGACUAUGGCACCAGUGCCGGCGUUUGGGCGCAGGACAAGUGGAAGGGCAAAUUCGAUGUGGACUGGCUGUUUGUUAAAGACGUACCCAACAGUCAGCUCAGGCACAUCCGCCUUGAGAACAAUGACAACAAGCCAGUCACCAACUCCCGUGACACGCAGGAGGUGCCUCUGGAAAAAGCGAAGCAGGUGCUUAAGAUCAUCGCCACCUAUAAACACACCACCUCCAUCUUCGAUGACUUCUCACACUACGAGAAACGGCAAGAGGAGGAAGAGGUUGUUAGAAAGACCAUAGAGCCCGCUCCUCUGCAGAACCGAUCCCGAUUGGAUCAAGAACGCCAAAACCGAAAUAAACAAUAGGAGGGUGCCCCUACAGCCGACAAGCAGUUGUUUUAGGACUGACCAUUUGAAAAUGAAAUUUAAAGAGGACACAAGAUGAAAUUAAAAAAAUGAACAAUCAUUAUGUUUUUCUAUUUAAUUCUGGUGACUUUAGCCAGUGUAAGACUCGAGCCUCAGUGCAUCUGGCCUCACCUGCGGGGACUGAAGUCGAUUAGCGCCUUUCGAAGUCGCGUCAUUGUUUUGAUUUUUUUUCCCUUUUCUAUCAUUUGGUAUUGUUUUCAUACACCCCCUUUGACCAACCAAUAUCUGCACAAGUCCUGUUUUGUUUCUUCAGCCCCACCGGUCUCAUUGCCCUUCAGAAAUGCUUAAGUGAGUGGGUAGUGAAUUUCGUGACACGUGUAUGUAUGUAUGUGUGUGUAUCAGGGAAAGUUGAUGGAGUGUAUUUCGGUCGUGUCAUAUGAAAGGGAGGGGCAUCUUCAGCAACAGUAACUAAUGGGCCAGUUUUUUGCUUUUUGAUGUCGUUGUGUAGAUCCAGCGGGUGAUUGAAUCUAUUCGUGGAAUGAUCUGCAACUGCGUAGAAGGGACAAUGAAAUGUGUCUUGACAUGAGUUGAUAAUGUUAUAAAAAUACUAUAUUUUUGAAUUAUGUAACACUUGACUUUUUUGUUCAGUGAUGAGCCACAUGUCACACAGGUUCUUUACUUUUUGUUUUUCCUGCUUGGAGCCUUAACAUUUUAAAGCUACGGUGUCAUCGAAACCAUUUAAUAAUGGCUGUUCUAUACCUCAAUUGAAACAGCAUUAUCAGGGAGAAGACAUCCCAUGCAUCUUUAUCCAGGCGAAGUCAACAUUGUCACUGGCCGGACUAAAAAUGAAAGUAAAACUGAUGUUUAAGGUUAUUGUUCAGAGUCCAGUGCUCAGACUCUGUUUCCAUACUUAACGUUGAAAGAGCAGAAAUGUAACUACUUACUGUUCCAGUCCCCGCCCAGCAGAGGUCGCUCUUUCUUUAAGCCAAUCCGAGAGAUGUAGCAAUUCACUGCUUUUAUUUGACAUCACUUUAGAUGCAUCACUUUCUGUUCUUUGUCCUUUAACAGAUUUAAUUUUAUCGCUUUUUUCCUCCCCCAUGUCCUCAGUAUAUUGCUAAGCUUUAACGUAGGAUCAUAUAAUUAUAAUAAUAACGGAGAACGCCUCAAACGUGUAACCUGAAAAUUAAUGUUACUGAUUUACUGUUAAAAGAAAAAACAAAAAAAAAAAGGAUAUAUGGUUUCUGUGCGUGGUUUUUUAGGACCUGCUUGCUGUUUUGUGUGUUUGUGUGUGAGAGAGGAGGAGUGAGCUGUGUGAGGGUUUCAGAUUUCUAUAGUCAUAUAACAAAAGAUUCAUGAAAUAUAUGAAAUACUUAAAAUAUUAAAAAAAGAAUUACAAGACAAACAUUUAAGUCACCCCUGAAAUGAAUAUGCAUUGUAUUGGAAGGUCACUAUCUAUCACGUUCUUAGAUUUGAUCAUGCUCAUUAUUAAAAUAAUAUUAUAUGGUGUAA